CAAACCAAACACUUACCAAGUAUACUAUCACUUCAUUGCAUCUUCAUUCUUCUCAUCUUUGAACAUGGCUGAAAAUGAUUUAAAAAUAUUAGGUGCAUGGCCUAGUCCAUAUGUUAUGAGGCCACGUAUAGCUCUUAACAUAAAAUCUUUGGGUUAUGAUUUCUUGGAAGAACAAUUUGGUUCUAAGAGUGAUCUUCUCCUUAAAUCAAAUCCUGUUUACAAGAAAAUCCCAGUUCUAAUUCAUGAUGGAAAGCCUAUUUGUGAAUCUCUCAUUAUUGUUCAGUAUAUUGAUGAAAAUUGGAAUUCUGGUCCCUCUAUUCUUCCUUCUGAUCCUUAUGAUCGUGCCAUUGCCAGAUUUUGGGCCACUUAUAUUGAUGAUAAGUGGUUUCCAGCACUGCGUGGCAUAGCAGCAGCACAAGUAGAGGACGCGAAAAAGGCGGCAAUAGAGUCGGUGGUCGAAGGCCUAGUGUUGUUGGAAGAUGCCUUCAAGAAUUGCAGCAAAGGUGAGAAGUUCUUCGGUGGAGACAAAAUUGGAUACUUAGACAUUGCACUUGGCUGCUUCUUGGGUUGGGUGAGGGUGACUGAGAAGAUGAACAAUGUAAAGCUACUUGAUGAAGCCAAGACUCCAGGUUUAUAUAAAUGGGCUGAAGAUUUUUGUGCUGAUAGUUCUGUCAAAGAUGUCAUGCCUGAAACUAAUAAGCUUGCUGAGGUUGCUAAGAUCAUUCUGGCCAAAAUUAGAGCCCAAGCAUCUAGCUAAGUUCAUAUGUCUUCUUCUUUCAAGGUGUGUUUAGACUAUCAAGGUAGUUAUUUUCAAUCUCUAGCAAAGAUGAUGUAUGAGCACAACAUUUGGUCUUUGAGCUGGUCAAAAAAUACAUUGUUCCUUGUGUAAUAAGCUAUUCAGAAAUGAGUACAAGAAGCCAAGAUAUAGCAUCUGUUGGCUAUUUCUAAA